AUGCCACUGAAUGAUAUCGCUGUAAAAUCUUUAUUCAAACAAUUUAGCAAAACAGGGUCUGCAUGUAAGGCGAGAUGGAAUAAUAUCAGAGAAAAUUACAGGAAAUCUCUAAAAAAAACUGCAACAAAAGGGGGACAAGCCUCAAAAAAAUUAAACUUUAUAAAUAAGCAGAGGCAUUGGGAUUUCCAAAAAAAAAGUUUUGAUGAAAGAGAUACGAAAGCAAAUAUUGUAUUCCAAAAAGACGAGACUGAGGAACAGGAAGAUUUUGAAGAACAAAUCAGUGAAGAAGAGAUCACAUUACAUGAUGUGGCAUACUCCAACUUUUGCAAAAGAAACUGA